AUGUCGAGAAGUGAUAAAGCUAGCGUCUCGGACCAAGCUCAUGAAGACAAUGCCAUUGUAUUCGGUAAAUUAUUUCGCGAAAAGAAAUCGUUUGACGCGCGGUUGAAACGAGUUGAUUAUAAUGUGAAGAAAUUUUGUGAAGAAGGUGAAAUUGACGACGUAGACAUCCAAUCAGAACUGGAAAGUCUACAAAAUAUAUGGAAUGGUUAUCUGAACGUGCAUAAGCGGAUGGUAAAUGUAUGUGUCGAUAGUGAGAUGGAUACGGUUCUUGAUGAAAUGUCCAAUUUAGAAGAAAAAUCGAUCGAGUUAAAAACCACGCUUCUAAAAUUAUUGCGAAGAGUCGAACAAUCCUCGACACCGCACGGUAGCCACGCUACUGCAAAAGUUGGCGCCGACGCCAUUCAACAAUUGGCUGAACAGCAAGCAGAGUUUCUACGAAUCUUUUCAUCUACUUUCACCAAUCAAUCACUAAACGCUACAACCGCUACUGCCAAUAGUGAUAUUAAAUUACCGCGCGUGAAUAUUCCAAUAUUCAGUGGAAAUUUCCUCGAAUGGCAAUCGUUUAUCGAUUUGUUCGAAAGCUCAGUGGACAAUAAUGCAUCGCUACAAGGUGGCCAAAAAUUGUACUUUCUGAAAUCUAACCUAGGUGAGGCAGCUUCGCUAAUAUCGCACCUCCGCAUCGAAGACGCCAACUAUUCUACAGCGUUACAAAAAUUGAAGGAAAGGUACAAUCGCCCGCUAGAGAUUGCCGCACAGCACAUCCGACGCUUUCUGAAGCAACCAACGUUGACAUCAGCUACCGCAACUGGACUAAGGUCAUUGCACGACACUUCUGAUGAAACAAUUCGUGCUCUGAAAGCCAUGCAACGCGAAGACCGUGAUGUUUGGCUAAUGUUCAUCAUCGAGGAAAAAUUAGAUCCCGAAACACGGCAGCAGUGGUAUCAAAAAAGAGCAGACAUGGAUAUCAACGAGGUCACAUUCGAUCACCUAUUGAAAUUUGUGGACACCAAAGGCACCGCACUACAAUCAUUGCAACAAAUACGCUCGCAACACUCAUUCGCUCAAAAUCAAAAUCCUAAAUUUCGCAGCGCGAAUACUCUCGUAUCGUCAACUCAAAAUAGUGAUGAGAAAGUUUGCCAAUACUGCUACACAUUACCACAUUCGCUAUAUCAGUGUGGUAAAUUUUUCCAUGCGUCUCCUAAAGAUCGACUUUCUUUCGUGCGCAAACAAAAUUUGUGUUUCAAUUGUUUGAAGGCACAUAGAGGCCAGGUGUGUACAUCCAGCAGCUGCAGGACGUGCGGAGAAUCGCAUCACACUCGUUUACAUGAGGCUUUCACAUCAUCAGCAUCUCCAGAUCAAACGAAUCGUACACCAAGGCAAUACCCGAACUUAUCGUCGGCGUCGCAAUCGCUUAUUUCAUCUCUCACGCUGGUCAAUAAUAUCAUCGAUACAAAUGUACUUCUGCUAACCGCUACAGUGAACGUGUAUGAUAGAUACGGUAGACCACAUGCUUGUAGAGCAGUUCUCGAUUGUGCCUCUCACACAAGCUAUAUCACGAGUGAUCUAUGCAGAAAGCUUAAUCUGCCAACAACUAGUGUUAACUUCGAAUUCAGUGGCAUUGCUGGCUCGAAAGGUCACGCUCAUAUGGGUGCACUAGUAACAUUUUCAUCGCGUUGUUCAAACUAUAAAAAUGUUGAACCUUGUGUAGUUUUGGAUCGUUUAACAUCCGAAUUGCCACUAAAACCCAUAGACAUCAGUCAGUGGCCCAUUCCUGAUGCCAUACACUUGGCUGAUCCAUAG